AUGUUUUGGAGCAAAAGCGUGACUACGGCGAGCGCCCUCUUCUAUGGAUAUCCCGUCAACGUGACCGGGCCAUCCCCGACCACAGUGCCAACGGCAAUGCCAACCCCAGUCACACUCAGCGGCGGUUCGCCGAGUCCGGCCGGGCUGCUCGGAGUUGACUUAGCCAUCGUGCUCGACACAUCGGUCACCAACUCCUCAUACUUCAAAACGAUGCAAGCGGUAAUUACGAACGCCGCCGCGAACCUGGCAAUUUACAACGAUGAUACGGUGCCUUACGGAGCCAGGCUUGUGCUGCAAACUAUGGCGCAGACAAACCGGCCUAAUAACUUUGGAGAUCCUUGGCAUAUCGACUUUGAAUAUUUUGAGGCGCAAGUUGGCGUCCUCCGGCCGUCUUCUUCACAAUCUGUCUGGCAGGGACCGGCACGCAAGAAUCGUCCACUCGCGACAAUGUCCAGCGAACAUAUGCGAUUUUUACGCAGGGCGCGUUCUCCGACGCCGAUAAAAUUGGAGAAU